UGUAAAUAUAAAUACAUAUGAAUGAACCAAAUAGGUGACCGUUUAAAGUCGUUACUUUUACACAAUGUCUUUAGUAACCAAUUGGAGACUCACUGUUACAGUGCCACUCCCACAAACCCUGAAAUCUUUCUACCCCAGAUAUGGAACCCGGGUUCGUUGUGUGGCUGAAGAAGCUUUGCCAGACCACAUUAAUGGAGGGUCAAAUGAGAAAAAGAGGAAGAAUAAGGUAGUUGUUGUUGGGUCUGGUUGGGCUGGACUUGGAGCCGCUCACCAUCUCUGUAACCAGGGGUUUGAUGUUACUGUUCUUGAUGGAGAUAAUGGUUUUGGUGGUCUUGAAGAUGUUGGUAUUCGAGGAUAUUGGAAUCCGUACAGAAACAUCUAUAGCCUUGUUGAUGAGUUGGGUAUCAAACCAUUCACCAACUGGACAAAAUCAGCUCAAUAUUCGGAGGAGGGACUUGAGGUUGAGUUUCCAAUAUUCCAAGACCUGCCUCAGCUGCCUACUCCCUUAGGCACCUUACUCUAUACCCAAUUUCUUCAGCUCCCAUUGGCAGAUCGAUUAACUUCACUUCCUUUCAUGGCAGCAGCUAUUGACUUUGACAACACAGAUACAGCAUGGAGAAAAUAUGAUUCCAUUACUGCGAGGGAGCUUUUCAAGCAGUUUGGCUGCUCGGAAAGGUUCUAUAAGAAAGUGAUUGGGCCAUUACUUCAUGUCGGUCUGUUUGCUCCAGCAGAGCAAUGUAGUGCUGCUGCAACUCUGGGAAUGCUGUACUACAUCAUCCUUGCUCACCAGAAAGAUUUUGAUGCGGUGUGGUGUCGUGGGACUGUUAGAGAAAAGAUUUUUGAACCGUGGAUUGACUCCAUGAAAGCAAAAGGAUGUGAAUUUGCAGAGGGUAGAAAAGUAACUGAUGUCUCCCUCAGUGAAGAAACAGGCUGUGUUUCAGCAGUAAUUUGUGGUAAAGAAAUAUAUGAUGCUGAUGCAGUUAUUUUAGCUGUUGGCAUCUCUACACUUCAAGAUCUUAUUAAGAACAGUGCAGUGAUGUGUACAAGAGAGGAAUUUCUCAAGAUUUUGAACUUAAAUACCAUUGAUGUACUAAGUGUCAAACUUUGGCUUGAUAAAAAGGUAGAUAUUCCAUAUGCAAGCAAUGCCUGCUCUGGAUUCGAUGCUUCAUUUGGAUGGACCUUCUUUCACUUGAAUGCAAUUCAAGACGAGUAUAAAGACAAUCCCGUCUCGGUAAUACAGGCUGAUUUUUACCAUGCCAAUGAGUUAUUGCCGCUGAAGGAUGAGUUUAUAGUUUCAAAAGCUAUGUCUUACCUCUCAAACAUAAUCAAUGGCUUGGAGAAUUGUACCAUUACACAGAAAGAGAUUAAAAGAUUUCCAAAAUCCUUGCCUCACUUCUUUCCUGGUUCAUACAAGUUCAUGACACGUAGUCCAACCUCUUUCCCAAACAUGUUCAUGGCCGGAGACUGGAUAGUAAACCGGCACGGUUCAUGGGCACAGGAGAAAUCUUAUGUGAGUGGACUUGAAUCUGCCAACCUUGUUGUGGAUUAUCUUGAACAAGGAAGCUUCGCUAAAAUUAUACCAGUUGAGGAAGAUGAGCCUCAUAUUGAAGCUCUACGCACCCUAAACAGAAGAAUUAAUGAACUUACAACCCAGCUUCCAUUAUCAGAUUAUUUUCUUUAGGAUAAUUUCAAAAAAAAUACACAUGAUAACAAAAAUUGUAAAAAUUCGAUUGUACGGAAUUUUAAAUAUUCUUACGUUUUUAUGAUUUUAUUUACAGAAAAUGCAGUAUUUUAAUGUUUUUAAGUUA